ACGUUAGACCAUUUGUUUAGCUUGGUUGUGUAAGUGAGAGCGUGUUGUCGUGGUGGUGACGUUGUCAUUAUUGUAUCCUGUCAACAAUCAACAAGGGAAGCUCACCAACCAUGUCAAUUAGCCAUCUCAGUGACAGGCUAUGUGACUCGUAAGUGGUAGGUGUGCAUAACAAGUGUUGCCGCUCGGCCGGGUUUUAUCAGAUUUAUCUUUAUCAUUUCAACAAGCACUUUUCAGGCUAUAAAAGGCAAAUCAUAUCGCGGUUUCGAUUGAUGUUUUGAAGGUUAAUUUGUUUGUUGAGUUUUGAUAUUCACACAUACAUAUAUAAAUAUAGGUGUUCAUAAAUAAAUUCAGCAUCAGUCAGCCGCAGAAGUAUGCAAGGGUCAAGUACUAUAGAGUAUAGUAUAGAACAGGUGUGGGCAAACUACGAUCGAAUCGCCAAAGGAAUCAUUUCAUGUGGCCCGACAAAUAUUCGUAUAUUUGAAAGAGCAAGUUAAUAAACAACGCCAAAUGGUACUGUGAGCAUUUCAUUUUCUUCCCGCAAGUGUGCACGUGCGUGUGAGAAUGGCUUUUUCUUUAGAAGCCUUUAAUUUUGUAUCUUAAAUAUUAAUGACUUUGCGUUAAUAUAAUAUGUGGCCCUCUAAAAUUGUGAUUUUUUUUUUUUUUAAAUGUGGCCCUAGCACUGAAAAGUUUGCCCACCCCUGAGUAGAAGGAAAGCGGCACACAUAGGAGCCACCCACACCACACCAUUAAGAUCAAGAUUAUCCUAAAAGUAAACAAAGCCAAAUAAUAAGAAAAAUAUAGCACGGGCAGGCUUUGGAGCCACCCUAACAACAUCAACUAUCAAAUCUCUGCCUCGACUCGAUAACUAGUGACUUGUAAACACUUCAGGUAGCAGUGAGGUGAAGAGGAAGAGAAAUCACAUUACCAAACACAAGAGAACAAUAAAGAGGAAGAGGAAGGAGAGUAAGGGUAACAGUGAGGUAAAGAGGAAGAGGAAACUACAAUAUCAGACGGAAGAGAAUAAUAAAGAAGAGGGAAGAGAGAAAGGUCAACAGUGAGGUGAAGGGGAAGAGGAAUCACAAAUACAAGAGAAUAAUAGAGAGAAAGAGUAACAGUGAGGUUAAGAGGAAGAGGAAUCACAAAUCCAAGAGAAAAAUAAAGAGGAGGAAGGAAGGUGAGGAGAAAAUAUGAACAUUCCUUAACACCUUCAGUGACAUUCAAACAUGGGGCUGAAGAGAAUGGGGCAAGACAGCACUCCAUUUUAUAUGUACUUCAAUAUUUCCUCAAGUGGUGAAAACAAGCAGGAAUUGGAAGCAGUUGUCUUGACGAAGGAUAAUCCCACCAGGCUGAAGGUGACAGCAAGCAGCGACGACCUGCAGCGUUGGCGUGUCAAACUGGGCAAGUCAGCGGAGGAAUACUUGGGGCAGCUGUGUGAGGCGGUGGCCAGCGAGGACGACAAUGUUGAGGUGUUUGAGGUGCAGGGCGACCACCUUGUCUGGAAGCAGUACUUCCCUGACAAGGGCAUCUACGGCAAGAAGGGAAGGUUUAAGAUGGAAAAGGUGGAGUACAAGGAAGCAGUGGAGCAGGUGCUGGCUGGGGUGGUGGAAGACCUGCACAAGUCCUCUCGUGAAGUGCACAGACUCACACAAGAGACUCAGGAGAAUGCCAUCAAGCUGCUCAAGGCCCAAGAGUUGGCAUCUGAGAGUAUUCAAAUCAAAGAGGAUUUUGAGAGGGAGAUCUAUAGCAAGUGUGCUGCUCUCAUCAACGCCAAGAAGCUGAGGAUCCACCAGCUGCGCUCCACCCACCCCAGCAGCUCAGCAGGUAGAAGUGGCUGUCUUGUCCGCACUGGUGAUGAGGUGGCAACCAGCAGUACACCACCAGUAAAGAGACCACGGAAACAGGAGGCAGACAGUGACGGAUACAGCUCAGAUACAGAUGUGGAUGAUCCGGAUGAGGAAAUUGACACAGAUGAGGAGAAAGCGACUAGCCUCUCUCCAGUCAAGCUCAGUAAAGAUAGAGGGAUGGCCAAGCAAGAUCAAAAUGAAGAAAAGACCAAAGAUUCCAACAUUCCAGACUCACAGGAGCUUUUCAAUAACAGUAUAGAGGCAGAGCUGUUCCCGAGUGUCACAGUGGUGCAGCAAAAAGCCAACAGUUCAACAUCACAUACAAACCUGAGCAUCCAGUCACCGCCACAGUUAGUUAGAAGCAAUGCAGCCCAGCCAGUCCCCUCGUCAUCUAGUCCUGCCACAUCCAAAGAUGAUUGUGAUGAUGAAACUCAAAUGUCUAUACUUAACACAUUAUUUUAACAUUUUUGUUAUUAAUGGUUCUCUCUCCAGGGAAAAGACUAUUAGAAUGUGAUAGAAAAAAAGAGAAAAAGGCCAAAGAUGACUGAUGAUGAUAAACAAAUGUCAGUUCUAUGAGUUGUUUUAUAUUUUUCUGGCAUAAAGUUUUUGACCAAGGCAAGAAAAAGUAGGAAAAAAGAAGGAAAAAGUCUCACAAUAUACUAAUUAAAAAGAAAUGUUUAUAAAAGAUAUCCAGAAAUGACAAAAAAAACUAAAAGGUGUCAAAAAAAAAAAUAAAAACCUCACUGAAGAAAGCCAGUCCCCCAUAAUUCAUAAUUGUCCUGAAGUGUUUGUGGAAGAUACUGAGGCAAAGUGUCUUGAAACGUCCUUUCAGUGAUGCAGGAAGUGUGUUACGUGAUGCAAUGCAUGUCUUAGAGGCAGUGCAGUGAACGUUCUAUGCAGCAGUGUGAGGUUGUGAGGUGCUUACUCUUGUUGUUCUUUGUUAAAAUAAUUUUGUUACACUGAUUUUGGGAAAUUUAUCUAUAAAUUUGCAUUACUCCCAUCUGUCUUUCAUUGGCGGGUCAGUUUAUUUUGUUUCUGUUUAGCAAAACUUUAUAUUUCAUUGUUACCAUUGACGUAAUCACAUUUUACCGAACUUGACUCAAAGUACCUAAUACCUGAUUCUCUGCAAAUUUAUGAACUGUAUUGGUAAUUACUAUUUUUGUUCUGUUUAGUAAAAGCGAAUUUCAUUGUUGAAUAUGUCAUUACUAUUGCUCUAUAUACAUUUAAUCUGACGUAAUUUAAUUGACAUGUGGAAAUAAUUCAAUAACAAUGCCAGUUUACUUUGUUGUUUGUUGAGGGACUGACUGACAGAGAGAGAGAGAGAGAGAGAGAGAGAGAGAGAGAGAGAGAGAGAGAGAGAGAGAGAGAGAGGUUUGUGCUAUAUAUUUUUAAGUGUGUUAAUGUUCUGUUAGUUUUAUGUCACUGAUGCAUUCUUAAAAUACUACCACCGCCACCACUUACUACUACUACUACUACCACUUUUACAAUAUCAACUAUCUUUUCACAUUUGAAAAGAAAUAUAAGAUGUUAUAAGAUUAUUUUUAAAGAUUAUAUUACUUAUGCCAUUUAUAUUCUGAUUAAUAAAUGCUUGUUGGGAUAAAAA